AUGUCUGACAACGCCGGAAACAACAAUUUCGCCAGUUCCAACUUCCAGGUGAAUGCUGCCAAGUACAGCAGCUCCAAGACUGCGGACCCUGAAACUGCCUCCAUUGCCACUGUUUCUUCUUCCACACCACUUGUCAAGAAGGAAGAAAAGAAGCAAAAGGGCGGAGCAGAAAUCGAUAUUAAAAAGCUCCAGGAGCAAGCUCUCAAGUCACAAAUCCGAUUCAGUAUGUAG